CUGGCUUAGCUUGCAGACAGACGUACAGAAUCUAUUUAUUUGCACCAACACGUGUUGGGAGAAAUCUUUUAAAUUUGGAAAACUGUUGAAUGUAGAAAAUUUUUUUUUCAUUUGGAAAUUUGCAUAAAGAAAAAUUUUUCUAGUAGUAAUAAGAGCACCAGCUAUGUACACAACUUUGGUAAUUUAUUUUUUUGUUUAACUAUACAAGUUAUUACUUUUUGGAAUGACAACUGCUUCUAUUAAUUGAUGAUUAAUAAAAAAUAGUUUUUUUUUGUUUUAAUUAAAUUGAUUUUUCUUUAUUUCGAUAGCAGAAGAAAGUUUUUGUUUUAACAAUGGAUUUUCUGCAUCUCUGCAUGCAGACCAUUUUAUGACUUUUAGCCUAACCUGCAGGCAUUCCGAGUUAGAUCACAUCACAAAAAAAGUGAUUUGGCGAUAGUUCUGGUACAGAUAUAUUAAACACAGAAAUGAGCCAAUAAACCAAAUUAUUGACUUAACAAUAAUCAAAAAAUGAAUCAUCUAGUAAAUUUUGUUAAAUUUCUUACACUAAUUUAUUAAGAUUUAUACAUGUUCAUCAGAUCGUAUUUGAUUGAAGUCCAUCGAGUACAAAAUUUUCGAACCCGCACCUGGUUGAACCAUACUUUGAUACUUUUACUGAAAUUUACCAAUGGGAACUGGAUAGUCGCCCCGAAGAUACAAAAUAUUUUUUUCUGAUUUUAAGUAUUCGGCUACUAGCGCACCCUAUAGAUUUUUCAGACGACGAGAGUCCAUCGGAUUCAAAAUUUUUGGGUCCAGGACCAACUCGAGGAGGUCUACACUCGACCUUUCUCUCAUUCUUUAUUCAACAUUAUUGUGUCGUAGUUUAAAAUGUUCAGAAUAUUCGAUUCAAUAAAAAACAUGAUUAUCUUUGACAUUUUCUCUAUAUAUAUUGAUUGUAGUUCAAUGUCGAUCUAUCAAUUUCUUAUUGCUGUUCGACAAAAUGGUGAAAAUUUAACUAAUGAAAAUGGUGAAACAACUAGUCAUUUAAUGGGCAUGUUUUAUCGAACAAUUCGUAUGGUUGAAAAUGGUAUUAAACCAGUUUAUGUAUUUGAUGGAAAACCACCACAAAUGAAAUCAAAAGAAUUAGAAAAACGUCUUGAACGACGUACGGAAGCUGAAGCUGAAAUGACCAAAGCAGCUGAAGCUGGUGAUGAAGAAGCAUUUGAUAAAUUUGCACGUCGAACUGUUAAAGUCACUCGUGAACAUAAUGAAGAAUGUAAACGUUUAUUAAAAUUAAUGGGUAUACCAUAUGUCGAUGCACCUACCGAAGCUGAAGCUCAAUGUGCAGCACUUGUCAAACAAGGAAAAGUUUAUGGAGUUGGUACUGAAGAUAUGGAUGCUUUGACAUUUGGUGCUGAUGUACUUAUACGUCAUUUAACAUUUAGUGAAGCACGAAAAAUGCCUGUUCGUGAAUAUUCACUACCAAAAGUCCUUCAGGGUUUAGGAAUCAAUUUUGAAGAAUUUAUGGAUUUAUGUAUUUUACUUGGAUGUGAUUAUUGUGAUUCAAUUAAAGGUAUUGGACAAAAACGUGCACUUGAUCUUAUUAAACAAUAUCGUAAUAUUGAAACAAUACUUAAACAUAUUGAUAAAAAAAAAUAUAGUGUACCUGAUGAAUGGGCAUAUGAAAAAGCAAGAGAAUUAUUUAAAGAACCUGAAGUUUUAUCUGGUGAUGCAAUCGAUCUUAAAUGGACUGAACCCGAUGAAGAAGGUCUUGUAACUUAUAUGGUUAAUGAAAAAGGAUUUGGGUAA